AUGUUCGCAUGGGUAUAAAAAUGACCACCUGAUCUGGCCACUCCUGUCUAGCCGGACAGUUGGAACGAAGAUGAGAAACUGUCUGAUUUUCCUUGUGCUUCUUGUGAGCGUUCAGUGCAACAAGGUCUUCAUUGGAGACCAAGUGCUCAGAAUCGAUGCAGAAUCCGACGAGCACAUUGAGCUCCUCCAGGCACUGGAGAACGAGCAGGACUGGGAGCUUGACUUUUGGCUGCAUCCUGUCUCCUCUGAGCUGCCAGUCGACAUUCGUGUACCUUACGCUAGUCUAAAUGCUGUCAAGGAUUAUCUCAAGAGCAACAACAUCGCCUUUUCAAUUAUGAUCGACAAUCUACAAGAACGAUUAGAUGAAGAGGAGGCUGAGAUGGAGGAGAACAAAGAGAGGGAACGCAACUCAAGGAGCUUCAACUUUGGUGCUUAUCACAAACUGGAAACGGUCUACAGCUGGAUGGACACUCUUGUAGCUGAUUAUCCCCGUGUUGUGUCCAAAGAACAAAUUGGAUUGUCUUAUGAGAGUCGUCCAAUGUACGUCCUGAAGUUCAGCACAGGGGGCGCUAAAAGGCCCGCCAUCUGGAUUGACGCCGGGAUCCACUCCAGGGAAUGGGUGUCUCAGGCCAGCGCUGUAUGGAUUGCCAACAAGAUUGCCUCAGAGUAUGGUACUGAAUCAAGUGUGACAAACCUCCUGAAUGCAAUGGACAUCUACCUGAUGGUUUUCACCAAUCCUGAUGGUUAUGUUCACACUCACACCAGUGACCGCAUGUGGCGUAAGACUCGCUCGGUGAACCCUGGCUCUAGGUGCCGAGGAACUGACCCCAACAGAAACUGGGAUGCAGGUUUUGGAGGCGUUGGAGCCAGUAAGAACCCCUGCUCAGACUCCUAUCACGGGCCCCAUGCUCAUUCAGAGGUGGAGGUCAAGAAUGUGGUGAAUUUGAUCAAGACCCACGGCAACUUUAAGUCCUUCGUCUCCAUCCAUGCCUACUCACAGCUCCUUAUGUACCCCUACGGCUUUUCAUGCAAAGAUGUGCCUCACCAGCCAGAGUUGGAUGCCGUGGCUAGAGAUGCAGUUAAGGCCCUCAGCUCCUUAUAUGGAACCAGAUAUAAAGUCGGGAGCAUUUGUAACAUCAUCUAUCCAGCUAGUGGUGGAAGCAUCGACUGGUCCUACAAUCUGGGCAUCAAGUACUCUUUCGCUUUUGAGCUCCGGGACACUGGACGCUACGGUUUCAUGCUACCAGCCAAUCAGAUCAUUCCCACGGCAUCUGAAACAUGGCUGGCUUUGAAGCAUCUAAUGAUGUACACUCAUGAACAUCCGUACUGAGACGCAUACUAAUGAUGCAAAAUGUAGAAUAAAGACAUUGGAAACAA